GACAAAUCGUUACUGCACACAAUAGGAUACCGGCGGUCGUUAGUUCGAAAACAAUGUGCCCAUUUUUGUGCGUAAAAGCACCUAUUGAACAAUGAACGUGACACAUUGGUCCAGUGACAUGGACCCAUUUCUCCAAACGAGCGAGUGUUAAAAACGAUAAUUGUCCGAGAUGCGAGGUGUGAAGACACGAGUCUCCGCUAUUAGUCGCCUGGUAGCCUUGCAGUAUUGUAGUAACCUUGACUAUGUUUAUCGGGAAAAUGUUGCAAUUGAACUGUGCUGUAUUAUUAGCGGUGAUACUUUGUAAACAAGCACAUGCCGCAAACUUCAAUUCAAACGGUUUUGUUUGUGGCCCUUACGGUUUUUCUUGCGAAGGACCUACCAAACUCAGAUUAUGCGAUGAAAAAAACUUAAGGGGACCUUCAUUCAAGUGUCCCUCCGAUUCGGUCUGCAACGAAGAUUCAAUCGAUGUGUGCGACAACACGAUUAAUUACAUCGAUCCUGAAGUGAAGAAGAGACUGCGUUGCCAUAGAAACGAACGCAUCGCAGACCCCACUGUACCCAAUUGUAAAGGCUAUAUCCUUUGCAUUCCCAACAACAAUCGCUUCCAAGGCAUCAAAUUUAAAUGCGGUGGCGAUACUGUAUUCAACGGCUUCACUCGCACUUGCUCAAGCCCGGAAAAGUAUAAAUGCCCCGUAGUCAACACAACCAAGCCAUCUCUAGAACUUUUUGGAAAUCAAAACAGAAGAGGGGAUAUGCCCAACAAUGUGCCGAAGUUUGAACCGACAAGGGAUCGGGAAAGUAAUCCGAUAGAGUGUAAGCAUUACAAGUUUACUGUUACUGAUGAAAACGGCCCUGUGCGUGCAGCGUACUUCUGCCCAUCGAGACCUGUAAGGGGAGAAAAUUCCAUAAGAUGCACAGUCUUCUCUAGCAAAUAUUGCCUCACUUUGGAGAGAGACGACGAAGAUCAGUUUAUGCAAAAUUUUGGAUUAGCCUAUAGAAAACCUCGCAUGCAGAACCUCGAAGAAGGUACAGAAACUAUAAAAACAAUUUAGAAUAUUAUUAGUGUAGAUACUACAUAUUAAGUGCAUAAUACAUUUUCUACAAGCA